ACCACUAGGUACGGUCGGGAUGGACAGCUAGCGGGAGACAUGUCUGGAGCGUCACUCGUCUUACUCAUUUGCUUCUUAUGUCUUCUAAAAGAAUCGCUACAAGGACCUCACGAGAAACGUCUACUGCACAACCUCCUUGACCAUUACAACGUAUUGGAGCGACCUGUGGCCAACGAGUCGGACCCUCUGCAGCUGAGUUUCGGCCUUACACUAAUGCAGAUCAUAGACGUGGAUGAGAAGAAUCAGCUACUAAUAACAAACAUUUGGUUAAAACUGGAAUGGAACGAUGUCAAUCUCAGGUGGAACUCUACAGAAUACGGAGGCGUCAAAGAUUUAAGAAUACCACCUCACAGGAUAUGGAAACCAGACGUGCUGAUGUAUAACAGUGCCGACGAGGGGUUCGACGGCACUUACCCGACCAACGUUGUUGUCAGAAACAACGGGAGCUGUCUGUACGUCCCUCCUGGCAUCUUCAAGAGCACUUGCAAGAUUGACAUUACCUGGUUUCCUUUUGACGACCAGAAGUGCGAGAUGAAGUUCGGUAGCUGGACCUAUGAUGGAUUUCAGUUGGAUCUUCAGCUUCAGGACGACGGUGGAGGGGAUAUCAGCAGUUUUAUAACCAAUGGGGAGUGGGAUCUCCUAGGUGUUCCGGGAAAACGGAACGAAAUUUACUACAAUUGCUGCCCAGAACCUUACAUUGAUAUCACCUUUAUCAUAAUGAUUAGAAGACGGACUCUCUACUACUUUUUCAACCUAAUAGUCCCGUGCGUACUCAUCGCUUCCAUGGCCGUGCUAGGCUUUACACUGCCACCGGACUCGGGCGAAAAGCUAUCAUUAGGAGUGACUAUCUUGCUUUCACUGACAGUGUUUCAUAACUUGGUCGCUGAGACUCUCCCGCAAGUUUCAGACGCGAUGCCAGUCUUAGGGGUCACAAUCCUCCUAUCUCUCUCUGUCUUUUCACUCAUGAUUGCCGAUGCUUUACCGCAGACAUCAGAAGCUAUUCCCCUACUAGGUACAUAUUUCAACUGUAUAAUGUUCAUGGUUGCGUCUUCUGUGGUGUCGACCAUCCUCAUCCUCAACUACCACCAUAGAAACGCCGACACCCAUGAAAUGUCGCCUUGGAUCAAAUCGCUGUUCCUCCACUGGCUGCCGUGCAUUCUGCGCAUGUCACGCCCCGGUCUGCAGAACGCCGACAACGUGUCGGACAGUCGGAAAUCUCUGCAGCUACGGGAGUUGGAACUGAAGGAGCGUUCUUCCAAGAGUCUGUUGGCCAACGUGCUCGACAUUGACGACGACUUUCGCCACGGGACGCUGCAGUCUUCGAGUCACACGUUCCUGCGGGGGCACGAAGACGGGGGCGGAGUCCUCCACUCCUGCCUGGGCCCCCACCGGGAGCUCACGCUCAUCCUCAAGGAAUUGCGGGUGAUCACCGACAAACUGCGGAAGGAGGACGAGGCCGCGGAGGUGACCAACGACUGGAAGUUCGCCGCCAUGGUGGUCGAUCGCCUCUGCCUCAUCAUCUUCACCCUGUUCACAGUCAUAGCCACCAUCGCAGUGCUCUGUUCCGCGCCUCACAUCAUAGUCACGUAAUCUCCUUUGGACCUUGUGCGUGAUCAACGGGUAAUAUGUUCAUACGUCGAAACUUUUUAUGUAGCGAUUGUACAUUAGUAAUAAAUUAAAGACGGAUAACCAAAUGUAACGUAGUGCAACCCUGUAACGAAUUUAUCGUGCUCCUCUACACGGAGCGUUGUUAACACUUUUAUAAUCGAGUGUAAGUUAAACUAGAUUUCAUAAACCCGUGUUUAAACUGUUAUAAAAUACUUUAAUAUUCGUAAUUUUAAAUGUAUUUUGAUUCUUAGAGUAAUAAGACGAGUGGGUCCCUGGUUAUUCUGGUAAAUGUACACGUUUAGAGAUUAUAUCCCUAUGUCUCAGCUAUUGAGGAAAAAUAUAAAAUACACUUUGUCUUUUUAGUAAAACGUACAAGUUAUAUUCCUUACGAUCAUCAUAAUAGUUUUACUUACAGCCCUUAAUAAACUGUUUAACAUUUGGAACCCUAAAAAUACACUAUAUUUGACAGUUUUGCAUCCUUCACUCCUUCGUUCAAACCCAUCGUUCGGUUCACUGUCCUACUCGAAUAACCAGGGAACGAUUGUUUAAACAUUUCUAUAACAUAUGCUCGUGCCUACAACUGUUAAAACGCUCAUCGGGCGCUGUUACGAAAGGUCUAACCUACGGUAAGGGAGGAAUAAGUGUUAGAUUAAUGUCUCAAAGACAAUGUGUAUUCAUAUAAGUUAACAAAUUGUUGUAUUUAGAUUGUUUAUCACAUUCUGGUAAGCAUACUGGUACCAAUGCCGUCAUUUCUCGACGUAGAGUUUUUACUGUAGUUAUAAUCGAAAGGCCAAGAUGCAGUAUGUAAACCGAAACGAAUUAGAAUUGCUUUGCGAAUCAGCCUGGGAUAACAAUGGUAGGUGGUUUUGUUCACCAAAUAUCUGCAUUUAGGCUCUUCCAAAUUUCAAACAUGCUUAGUAUUUUAACCCAACAUAAAAGUACAAACAAUUCAGUUUAUUCUAUUACUGUUCUACGUAUUUUGUAUACCUCUGCACGCUACCCCCAUGUUAUCAGGAUAAAUAAUAACUAACUAAUUUAUAUUGCUUGUUCUUAUAUAUUUCAUAAAUGUCUUGUAUGAAUUUCAAAUCUGGCUGGGGUGUGUUCCCUUACUUAUCUGAGUAAUCAUUGAACCAAUAUUAUGCUGGCUUUAUAUUACUAUUAAACUAGGGCCUGUCCUACGCACGGGAAUCAAGUAUUCAGUUUAAACUAUUUUAUUCACCCACCUUCAAAAUUUCUCAAGAGCUGCACUCAAAAACAUUAUUAUCUAGAUAUUAACCUACAUAUAUAGACACAUUCUGAUAGUUUUAAUAUUUAAAAAAUCCUUGUACAUAGAAUAUGGCCACCUAUUUUUCAUCCGAUUAUGCACAUCCGUAUGCAUUCUAAAACCAAUGAAUUCACAAUAAAACAGUAACUUUGUCUCUGUAAAAAGCCUUGAAGUGAGAUUGGAGCCGAUUUAUACAGUAGACAUAAAAAUCUAUAAUACCAUCUUCCAUUGCAUACUAUUGCCUAAAUUAUACUUUCUCCGUAGCUACUGAAACUUUGUGGGGUUUCUGGCCUUGUCAUCUACACACCUUCAUCCUCUUCUAUUACAUGCCUCUUCUAAUGUAGAUCCCAGUCCCUGUCUUUCAUUGCAUUGUCUUUGCACUUCACUCUUGGUCUUCCAAGCGGUCAUCUACAUUAUUUUACUAUCAUUAAAUUGGACUUUUCCAAAGAAUCUUGUGUUUAAAACUACACAACGUUUCUGGAGGUGGAUAAGCUCCUCCCGUUAUCAAGGAAAAAAAUACUAAUGCUGCAGUGACAAAAACUUCUUACAUCUACAUUAUGAUUAUCUAUUAUUAGGAUCUAUUAGGAUUAUCUACAUUAAUACUCCUCGGAAUAGACUGUUCAAAGUUGCGUGUUAUUCUCUCUUCCACACAUGACCUACCCAUGUUAGCCUUGUACUUUUGGACAGCGGCACUUUCGUAUCGACUUGUUCUUUCGUAUUCUCAAACUUUCUUAAAUUGGUCUAUAAUUUUUUUUCGGAUUUCUUAGUCAGUACCUAGUUUUAUUGGUACUACCUUUGACUACUAGGAUAUAUGGUAUAGUGCUUAUUGGUUUCUACCUGCAACAAUUUGGACUCAAACAGAUUUUUUGGAGACCGAUAUUGUAUACCUACAACACCGGUUGAAAUCUCCAUUACUAUCCAACAUAGGUAUGCCAUAAGAUAGACAUUCGAACAUUCAGAAACAGAACUAUUAACAUGUAAAGUAAAUAUGACUUUUACAAUAAAACGAUAGUUUGCUGCAAAAAUAUUUCCCCAUCAUAUGAAUUCAAAUU